CCUUGCUGGCGCUGCGCGGGGAGCGGAGAGCCGGCGCGGGGCAGAGACGGGCGUGAGGAGAGCCCGGGCCGAGCGGGGCCACCGGCGGAGCGGCCGCGCCGCCGCCUCACGCGCCUCCCCUGACGUCACCCGGCGAACGGCGAGGGCGUGACGUCAGGGGCCGCGGUUGGCUGCGGCCGCCGCCCGUCAGCAGCGGAGCCGCCUCAGGCCCGCGGUGGCCCGGGCGCGGGGGACGCGCGACACCGGCCGCGGGCGGCCCGGGCGGGCGGGGAGGGCUCUGCGGCGGCGCUCAGUGACACCGUGGGACAGCUCGCGUCAUGGUCGACUACUACGAAGCGCUGGGGGUGAGCCGCAACGCCACCGCUGAGGACAUCAAGAAGGCGUACAGGAAGGCUGCGCUGAAAUGGCACCCGGAUAAAAACCCAGACAACAAGGAGUAUGCUGAACAGAGGUUCAAGGAGAUUGCUGAGGCGUACGAAGUGCUGUCGGACAAGCAGAAGCGUGACAUCUAUGACCGCUAUGGCAAGGAUGGACUCAUGGGAGCAGCAGGACCAGGUGGCUCCAGGGCCAGUGCUGGGGCUCCCGAAUUCACCUUCACCUUCCGCAGCGCUCACGACGUCUUCCGGGAGUUCUUUGGUGGACGAGACCCCUUUGCUGAGUUCUUUGAUGACAUGAUGCCCUUCUCUGAGCUGCGAGGACCUGGCCCCCGGCACCAUGGGGGAGGCCACUUCUUUUCCCCCUUCCCAGGAUCCUCAGAUUUCUUCGCCUCAUCCUUCAGCUCUGGUGCAGAUGGAGGACUGGGCUUCCGCUCUGUUUCCACCUCCACCACCUUUGUUAACGGCAGGCGCAUCACCACCAAGAGGAUUGUUGAGAACGGGCGGGAACGGGUGGAAGUGGAGGAGGAUGGGGAGCUGAAGUCGAUCCACAUCGAUGGUGUUCCUGAUGACAUGGCGCUGGGGCUGGAGCUGAGCCGGCGGGAGCAGCAAGUCUUCCCCAGGCCACGGCCCCCCUCCCCGCCAGCGCCGGCCCCACACCACACCUCCAGCUCCUCACCUGUCUGCCUCUACACGGAUAGCGAGGAUGAGGAUGAGGACUUGCAGCUGGCCAUGGCCUACAGCCUCUCUGAGAUGGAAGCUGCGGGGCACCACCAAGCAGGUGGGCACAGCCCCGGCUCCCUGUCGGCAGCGGGGGGCAGCCACAGCAGCCCGUCCUCCACCCGCAGAGCCCGUGGUGCCCUGGGGAGGCUGGAGCAGGAGCCACUGGGGGCCAGCAGUUCUGCUACAGAGGGGCACGAACCUGCCCCCAAAGUGAAGCUGUGGCACUGCCCCCUUCUCUGAGCGUGGGCCAGGGAGAGGAAAGCAGGGCUGGAGUCUCACUGCUUGGAACUCAGCUCCUGCCUCCCCUAGCAAGGGAGGGGGGUGUCUUCUGCCCUGCCUCCUUGCUCAGGUGAGCGGAUGGCUAGUGGCAUCCCAGCGUUGGAGGCUCCCAGACUUGGAGGUAGUGGCUUGAAGAGGAGCCCCCUUGAUGGGGUCCCAGGAAGAGGGGCAGCUCCCUGCCCUAGCUGCUGGAAGCGUGGGGGGCCUGUGGGCAGACAUGCUCUGGCUGUGCCUGCCCCUCUCUCCCUGCCAGCCCUCCAGGUGGCAGGGUCUCCAGCAGGUGCCUCCCUGGCUGCAGCUUGCCCUUGCCCAGGCUGCAGGGAGUGCCGAGUUGAGCUCCCCUCCUUGCAAGGAGGGCUGUGCACAUAGCCUCUGCUUGGUGCCUUGUGUCUUGUCUUAUCCCUCUGGAUGCUGUUGCUCCUGCCUGUACUCCCUCCUCCUCUGUCUCCUUGCAGACUCUGCCUGGUCACUCCCUUCCGUACGCCUUGCACACCCUCCAGGGCACUGUCCCCCCUUGCUUCCCACAGCAGCAGUGACCCUCCGUGAUGUUCACAACUGUUCCUACCCUCUUCAUUGCCCGUAGUUCUGCCUUGGCUGUCUUCCUCCUCUGCCUGGGACUUUACUCCUUCCAUCCCUGCCUCUCCCCAGCCCUUGGCCGAGGAGGAUUUCACAGGUGCUGUUGUGUACCCCCCUCCGCUUGUCU